UUCGCCAACGCGCAUGGCUGUGCAGCACGCUCGCGGGCACACCGGAACUCCGUCAACCAUCCUCCUCCUCCUCCUCCUCCUCCUCCCCCUCCUCCUCCUCCUCCUCCUCCUCCUCCUCCUCCUCCUCCUCCUCCUCCUCCUCCUCCUCCCCCCCCCUCAUGGGCAUCAGCGUGCGACGCCCUGGGGAUUUUGCGGCAGAUUUUCGGCCACGUUGGCAGGCCAGCGAAGCGAAAGAGUCGAGUCGUCGGGGGCUUGGGCCCCAGAUCGUGGAGAGAUGGUUUUUGGUAUCGGCGGCAACCACAGCAAGUACGAGGCGCUCAACCCGUCAGGUCAACCAGUGGAGCUGGACAUGCCGAGCGCGAUGACAACGCUGUCCGGCAAGGACGAGAUACUCGUGAAGCAGCGCAUGAGUAAACUCGAGACGCUCUUCAGCUUCUGGGAGGCCAAGAACAAGUACGAUAUCUACUCCGGCAGGAGCAGGAUUUUCUAUGCGGAGGAGAAGACUGGUUGUUGCAUGCGGCAGUUCCAAAAUACGUGUCCAGAUUGUGCUCCCUUCGAGGUUGAUGUGGACAUGGUCGGCUACAUCUCCAACACCAGCAAAGUCUUCCAUUACAAGAAAGACUGCAGCCUCGUAUGCUGCUGCUUCUGUCGCCCCGUCGUGCAGGUGUUCGAUGAGCAUGGCAAUAAGAUCGGUAGCAUCAGGGAUCCGAUGGCAAUCUGCCCCACGAACAUGACAUUUGAUGUCCGUGACCAUCAAGAUAAUCACCUGCUUCAUGCCGAGAGUGGCGUUUGCCAAUGGGGUCUUUGCUGCCCUUUUCCAGUCGGCCCGUGCAAGUCGGUCGACUUCCCACUGAAAGACGGUGAUGGAAAUAUAGUGGGGAUGAUGCAAAAGAGGAUGAAAGGCUUGUUCAAGAUGUGCUUUUGCAGCUGGUGUUUCGAGGAUGUUGAGAAUUACAAGAUCGAAUUCAAGAAGGUGGAGGAUGCACGAACCAAGGCAUUGAUCAUGGCGCUUGCCAUCUUCACAGACUUCCGGUACUUCUCGAACACUGGAGACGAUGAUAAAGAUAAGGACGAUGAAUAAGUGAGAGAUGCCAGGCUUCGUCCAGAGAUGCGACAUGUUCUCAGCGAACAUAUGCUUGGCCCGGCGAAGGACGAGGAGGAGGAAGGGGAGGAGGAGGAGUCGGCGAGGCGUACCAAUGCGGGUUAAUCUUCUCACAUCACUGCUGUCUGUCCUAGUUUUGCCUUGCAGCUGCACUCUGGUUCAUGCGAUUCUUCUUUCGUGACCUUUCUAGGGCAACCUCGCCUGAGUUGCAUACGCUUUGGUACAGACGCCACAGCUUUGCGGUUGAGGGCAGCACAGCGCAAAGGCGCCAGCGCCUUCCCGCCGGGACCGCCGCCGUCGCGCUCACCGUCGCGGUGCAAAGCCGCGCGCCCCGCCGAAGUCGGGCGGCGGGGGGCGGAGGUCCGCGCCGUUUGCAGAUUGCACGACCUCUGCUCCGGGGCGGCCACUCUCGAUCCUCGAUCCUCGAUCCUUC